AUGGCAUGGCCAAGAUGGGGAUUUUUUCUGUUUCUGAUGCUCAGAAGGAUGUUUUUAGCGCAAGUCUCUGCUGCAAGUGAUAUCUUAACUCAAUCCCAACAACUGUCACUAAAUCAGACACUUGUCUCUGCUGGAAAAAUAUUUGAGCUGGGCUUCUUCAGUCCACGUAGCUCGAGGAGUCUAUAUCUCGGAAUUUGGUUCAAGAAUAUUCCUCGUCAGAGGAUUGUAUGGGUAGCAAAUAGAGAAAACCCACUCCCAGCUUCUGACUCAGCUGCAAUCUUGAAGAUUGGAGGUGAUGGGAACCUCAUAAUUAUGGAUGGCAAUCAAAAUAUCAUUUGGUCAACAAAUAUCUCUGUUCAGUCUAAUAAGACAACUGCUGUACUUACAGACAAAGGGGAAUUCAUUCUUAAAGACAAUGUCACGGGAUCAUUUUUAUGGGAUAGUUUUAACUAUCCUUGUGAUACUUUGUUAUCAGGAAUGAAUAUUGGAUACAACACCAGUUCUGGGGUAAAACUUGUUUUAUCGUCCUGGCAGGCUGAAAAUGAUCCAUCUCCUGGAAAGUUUACUGCUGGACUAUCGGUGGAGAUGCCACUUCAAGGCUUCACUUGGACUAAUUACUCGAAGCCUUACUGGAGAGGUGGACCAUGGGACGGAGCGAACUUCAUAGGCAUACCUGCUGUUGACAAGGGGUAUGCAAGUAAUAUAAAUGUAAUAGUAAACAAGUAACAGGAAUCU